AUGACCACCGAUUCCACUCUUGCCGCGACGGCCGACGCCAAGCUCGCCCUCUCUGGCGACAACAAGUUGACCAAGGAGCAGCAGCUUGCCCUCAUCAACGUCAACUUGGCCGAAGUCCUCAACCCCGAGAUUAUCGAAAAGGUCAUUGACGAGGGCCGCGCCCCGAGGAUUUACUGGGGAACUGCCACUACCGGCCGUCCUCACUGCGGCUACCUAGUUCCCGCCAUCAAGAUCGCCCAAUUGCUCGCCGCCGGCUGCCAUGUCAUCGUCCUCCUCGCCGAUAUCCACGCCGUCCUCGACAACCUCAAGUCCACCGUCGAGCUCGUUGGCUACCGCGCCAAGUACUAUGAGCGCACCAUCACCGCCCUCCUGAAGGCCGUCGGUGUCCCUACCGACAAGCUCGAGUUCGUCCUUGGCAGCUCCUACCAGAAGAGCCCCGAGUACAUCAUGGAUGUCUACAAGCUCGCGACCCUUGUCUCUGAGCACGACGCCAAGAAGGCUGGUGCUGAGGUUGUCAAGCAGUCCGACAACGCUCCUCUUUCCGGUCUCCUCUACCCUAUCCUCCAGGUCCUCGACGAGGAGUACCUCAAGGUUGAUGCUCAGUUCGGUGGUGUCGAUCAGAGGAAGCUGUUUGCUGCUGCCAAGGACUGGCUUCCCAGGUUGGGCUACAAGGAGCGCGCCCACAUCAUGAACCCCAUGGUCCCAGGUCUUCAGGGUUCCAAGAUGUCUUCCUCCGACCCCGACAGCAAGAUCGAUCUCCUCGACGCCCCCGAUGUCGUCACCAAGAAGAUCCGUAAGGCCGAGGCUGCCCCCAAGGUCACCGAGGGCAACGGUCUCAUCUCCUUCAUCGAGUAUGUCCUGCUGCCCGCGGCUCAGCUUCUCGGCAAGGAGGGCUUCCGUGCCGACCGCUCGCGCGACAACCUCGAGCCCCUCGUCUACACCGACAUUGCCAAGAUCAAGGCCGACUACGAGAGCGAUCUCACUCCCCAACUCGUCAAGCCCGCCAUCUCGGCCGCCAUCAACGAGCUCCUCGCCCCCAUCCAGACUGCCUUCCAGGCCUCUCCCGAGUGGCAGGAGAUUGCCACCAAGGCCUACCCUCCCGAGGUCAAGGUCAAGAAGGAGAAGAAGGUCAAGAACAAGGGUACCCGCUACCCUGGUGGUGCGGCUAGGGACCAGGAUGCGAAGGACGAGGCUACUCCUGAGCCUGCGACGGAAAACGCAAUGACUGCAUAGAAUGUGUUUGAUUGAUGAACUAUUUUCUUGCAUCUAGCGUCUUUGUUUUUUGAUCAUGUUUGGCUGGGUUUUGUCAUGUAGGGUAGAUAAAGGGAGUUAUAAAAGUGUAUAAUGUCAGGGUUUGUUUCUGGGUCAAUGUUGCAAUACAUGAGCAUACUGCAUGGGUAGAGCUCUGGUCUCGCGAUACGGCGACACAUAUGACCAUGCAUCAAGGGACAGGAAGAUACGAAAUGUGUUCUCUCCACGGCACGAAAGUCAAAGUCUAGAAAGACUAUUGAGCCGUGACCUCCACCAGCAGUGAUCAUCUUCCACAUCCCCGAGCAAUGGCACACACACAUAUCUCCAGCCGUCACAUCGCAAGAGCCGGCGUCUUUCGUUAAGAAGCAAGCUAUGAGGCAUGGCGGUACAGUAUACAAUCAAUAUAGCACAGCACGCAUCUAGAUAACAGACGCAAGACUCCGAAGAGCGGCCAUAUGGACACAACAAAACACCC